GGAUUUUGAAAUGUAUAAACCAAAAAAUAGAUGAAGUUUUUUCUUGUUUAUAAAUAAAAAUAAGUGAUUACUGAUACGAAUGUGACACAAUCGUAUCUAUUUAACAUAUUUCAUUCAUGGGUUAAUAGGCCAACAAGUAUUAUACGUAAAAAUCUAGGUUAAUGUUUUUGUAGUUUGAUCAAUAACUUCCUUGACUAUCCUAUUUCAAAGUAAACUUCAUAAAUUUCUGGUAAACACACCCUUUAAUUACGUCAACAUGUGAAAAAUAGGGCAAAUAUGUAUAUUUGAUUCAUAUCACACACCCACAUCGCUAAGAAAAUUAUUCAACUCUGGAUACUCUUGUCCAGAUUUUGUGGAGCCAUUGUAAACAGAAAUCGAGAAACUAAAGAUGGUACGUGUAAUAUCAGUUCAUCAUUUUGCAAACCAACAUAUCCAAGUCAUUGAACAGCCCACAGCAUGCACUGUUGCACCUCCGAACAGACUCCUUUCAGCUUUAAUGAGCAAUUGUGUGGAAGUCAGAGAUCUGAGUAAUGAAUCUGAAGUUUUAUUUUCAUUUCCAACUGUAGACGAGGUUGUCCAAAUUGUACAUUGUAUAAAUGGAGACUAUGUGGCAACAUUGGAAACUAAAUUCAACCGUCAAAACAAGGAAAUCAACUUUGUGCGUGUCUACAUCAACUGGGAUAGUAUUGCCACACUUCAACAGUCUAAGAUGACAAGCAGUGGUGUCAGCCUUGGGUCAUCUGAGUGUGGUAUGGUUCAACCCAUGAGAGCAAGAAUAGCAGGUCGUGUCACCCCUACCACUAAUCAGUCAGAGCUGGGAAGUUUGGAAAUGAUAGAAGUUCCUGUUCGAAGGAAUCCCAAUUUUGUUGAAUGCUGUCAAAUAUCUGGGAACCUUCUGAUAUUGUCAGAAAAGAUCAUAAAUAUAUACUCAUUUAAAAUAAAAACACAUGAUAUUUCCAAAAUGAGGUUUGUGGAUUUUGAGGAACUGCCAUUAUUGAUUGAACUAUCUUUUGCACCUUAUCAUGUAGCAUUCUGUGAAAACUAUAUUGCUUGUAUGAGUAAAGACACAUUUCAUCUUUUUAAAGUAUAUGAGGCUGUCAAAAGGGAAGCCAGCGAUUUGAACCUUUCUGGCCAAAAUGACUUCACCUUUGUAUAUGGUAACAAUAGUGGUCCGGUUGAUUAUAAGAAAUUAUUAAGAGAAGAAAUGUUGAGUAACAAAGAAAAAGUUACAGUCAAUUUACCAACAAUAGUUAAAGAAAACAGCAUCAUUCAUAAAAGCAGCCCUUUUACAUUUAGUGAUAGAGAUAUUUCAGCAACGAUUAGACCAAAUUGUAUUCUAGAUAAUAAAAACACUCAGUAUAGAAUAGAAAACUUAAUUCAACUAAGACUUAUGCCUAUAUUGAUAGAAAGUGCCCAGAGACAAGUCGCAGAAGAAUUCAAAAGCAUGGUUAUGAAACCUAUCUACGUCGAUCACACUUUGAAUGGCACGAAAGAUAAUCCGGAGAAAAAAUUUCUACGUAGUGACUAUGAUAAAUGUCUAAACAGCGUAGUAUGUAUUAUAGCCACGCAACAAGAAGGAUAUUUAUAUAAUUUUGAUGAUAAAGAAGCUUGCACCAACAAAGACAACUGCCUCGCUGUGUAUCCAUUUACGGCACCCGUUUUUAAAUUAGUCAUGGAAGAAUAUUUUUUGCACGCAUUAACAGAAACAGGUUUAGAGUCGUACACUUUGAGAUAUGGGCAUCAGAUGUGUAGAAAUAUUGAAGUUAUCGAUAAUAUAAAUGUGGCAUGUCCACCAGUAUCCGAAUCCAUCUGUUUGGUGGGCCUAAGACCGUUUUUGGGCGUAGAACAAAUUCUCCUAACCGAAAAUCACAUGGUUUUGUUGGCAAAUUCGGAAACAUCGCCUGCACAUUCGGCAAGUUCUAAUAGUAGUUCAAAUGCAUCGUUUUUAACACUAUACAACCUGGAACUACCGUCACCAAGGAUGAUUUUCAAUGAUAUUUCCAUUGUGGCCAAUGUUCACAGGUUUACUUCAGUUCAAACUUACUGUCAUUUGAUGAGCGAGGCCCAUAUGGUACUACGCGUGGUACUUCUUUUGAAGAAAUGGAUAAUGACAGAUGAUAACGUAAAGUUGGCAAUAUGCAGGAAAUAUAAUAAAGAUGACGUUGUCGAAACGUAUCGAACGUCUUGUGCUUUGUUGGGGGAUCAUUUCAUCAUGUGUAACUACGAAGAUGAUUAUGUUCUGGCGGUUCCGUAUUAUAAAAUGGCCAGGGUAAUACUGGGGGAAGUUUUAGUGAGGGUAAAAAAACUACAGGAACAAUCUGGAAAUCAAUUUAAAAAAGGACUGAUGUACUACUUGAAGAAAACACUAUAUUACGUGAAACCCGGUCCAGACGCGGACAAAAUUUUCGGUUCCAGUUCAAAGCAGAAUUUGUCGGAAUCAAUCAUGAAUUACUUGGAACACCACGCUUGUGAAGAUGUUCCGAACUUGAUUUUGAGAAGUAAAAUAUUUAGAGAGUAUUCGACGGACAAGUUAAUCCAUAUUUUGACGGAAAAAAUAUCAGAAAAUUUUGGCGUUUCAGCGGAAAAACACCUCGCACUGACGCUCCUUUAUAUUCAAAAAUGCAACACGACUAUGGCACAAGACCACUUGGACAAAAUCACCAGAGAAAACCUGCGAUUGCUUAUUUUGGAAAAUUACGAUCUCCUCUUUGAAACCACGUACCCUCCGCAACAUAAAAAUAAGUCAGUCACCACAUUUUCUGAAUUGACGAUACUCCUUAUUAGCAUUUGCCCGGAAUUACUCUCUUCGGUCUUUGUGAAUCUCAUGAUGGACAAGAAAGUUAUAAAUUUAAACAAAAUAAUCAAAGUGUUCCUUGAAUAUCUACCCUCCAGCAUAGGCAGCGAUAGUAACUCUGCAAGUUUGCUGUUACAAAAAACGCUGGAAACGUAUUUCGAAAGAUAUUUUUCGAAACCGGAAAAUAUCGAUUUGAGUAAAAUCAUUUAUGAAAGAGGUGCUAGUGAAGCGAUGAAACUUUUGGUCAGAUCGUACCUCUCCCAGUUACAAAUUCUGCAGUUGAGAGAUGAGAGUAGCAGAGAUGGCAAGAAUAUCAGUUCAAACAAGCCUGACGAGAAAGACAUAUUCGAGGAUGAAAACGACGAUACCAACAAGGAUCGCCAUCAAGAAAAACUGGGGUACAAUAGAAUAAAUAAAACCUACUUCGAGGAACAAGAAAAGAAACCAAAGGACUGUUACCUGUUUUCCAGUCUACGUUGGAAAUAUUUAGAUAGAAUGCCUCCUUUUCAAAUUGAAAUCAAUUCCAAGCUGUACGAAGCUUGCAUCGAAAAUUAUCCUGUCAAAGAGGAAUGGCCGAUAAAUGAAGAAGCUGAUGUUAUAUUAAAGAAGUUGCAGGCUUUACUGUGCAGCCAAGUAGUACCGAAGCAAGUUAUAUCUGAGGUUAAUGGAUAUCUCUCUGUCAACGAAACAUUAAGAGGGAACAUAAGUCUGCAGUCUAUAACGAUGUUAACAAAUGAUGCCACCUUACUGCUGAUAGAUACUUGUCCUCAGUGUCUCCUACAGUUCGGCAAGGAUAGAUUUACUAGAACAGACGAAUGGAAGUUUCUGGUAGCGACAGUACAAAGAAGAAUACUAAGAAUUUCACAGAACGAGAAACUGAAAAGGGUGUGUUACUUCCAUAAGAGAAUUUUAAAAGAUAUUUUGACUUACGUCGCCUCCAACAUGACCUUGGAUCAGCUGGUUCAAGUAUUUCCACAACGAUUCAGCACCAACAACCAAGAAUCGUCCGAAUUAUCUCCCAAAUCGAGACUUUCCAUCGAUAAAUCGGAAAUUCUUACAACGGACGACGAUAUAACGGAUACUCUAAAGGAAAUUCAAAACUACGAACCCUACAUCGUUAUUUGCAAAGAAACAAUGCACGCUAAUCAAAUUAAUAAAUUAAUAACUACCACAGGUCAACAAUUACUAUGUACGUUGAAUCUUUAAGUACACCAAAUUUGGUCAGAUAGAUAAUUUCUUGAUAAUUUUCGAUAAGACAGGUCGACAAAAUUUGACCAAUAUUCACACCCAAAAAUCAAAAUAUAGUUUGCAGAAGUUUUUUGUGCGCUGAAUCCAAAUCGCAGCUCAAAAUUGGUUCUGGUUUCUGAAAUCCUAACAUAAAAGUGCAAAAAUAGCGGUUUUUGGUCGUUUUUGAGGUUAUGUACCAUCGUAAUAUAAUUUUUCUUUCAGAAACUGU